UUUGAUCGGUGUAAUAAUUGAUCGCCGGUUCCGAUCAGUAAUCUGUGAACUCUUUUCCUUCGACUACUAAUAGUUUAAGCAAAUCCACGCAGUUAUUGACCCUACAGUCCAUCUUCCAGUUCACGGUGUUUCAGUUACAAUUAUGGCGUGUAAAACUUGUCUACCUUGCUCCCUGGUAUUUUCAAUUGCAAACUUGGGUGAAUGUGCUUGGAAUUGUUUUAUUAGAAGUUUGCGUGAUUGCUCGAAGUACUUGGACCACUACACGGUGGAGACGGUGGACCACCCCUAGACGAUUUAAACAGAGAACGUAGCGAAGCUUAGCGAUUUCUCGAUUAAGUCUAACGACCAUGACACCGGUUCUGCGCAUGCGCACAAAUCCCCCCGCCUGCCGCGCCGCUAUCUCCCCUAGCGGUCAGAUAGCAUAGCGAAAGCGAUGUUGCUGGAAGAAUCCCGUUCGGCAAAAUCGUCCCGCAAAUAAAGCGUCCAGCCGGUUGAGAAGUAUCGCAUCGAACCUGAGCCCGGCGGCCUCGGAAGCAGCACCGACUCGAGCAGCAUGUCCGGCCUGGACAGCAAUCCGUUCGCGGACCCGCACACGGUGACGACGAGCCCGUUCGCGGACCCCGCAGUCACGCAGGUGACAAGUCGCAGUCAGCAGGCGCAGUCGGGGUUAGGCCUAGAAGACUACAACCCGUUCGCGGACCAGCCGCAGCCUCCUGCGACGAACCAAGCGCCUUCCAGCGUACCCCAGUACCGCCAGCCGGCCACGGCGACGCAGGCCGCCGUGAGUCCGCCCGUUCGGCAGCAGCAACAGCAACCCGCCAUGAUGCAGCCCGUAUCGGAGCCGCCCCCAGCGUACAGCCCGACGGGCGCGCAGUCGUCCAUCAGUACGGCGGAGCUGCAGAAGCGCCAGGAGGAACUCGAGAAGAAGGCGGCCGAGCUGCAGGCCCGCGAAGAGGCGCUGCGCAACACGGCGUACAACGCGCGCGCCAACAACUGGCCGCCGCUGCCGCAGAAGUGCUGCGUGGCCCCGUGCUUCUACCAGGACAUCGGCGUGGACAUCCCGCUCGAGUUCCAGAAGAUCGUCCGCACCAUGUACUAUCUGUGGAUCUUCUACGCGAUCGUGCUGAUCUUCAACUUCCUGGGCGGGCUGGCGCUGCUGCUCAAGGAGGGCCAGGCCACCGUGUUCGGCUUCUCGCUCCUCUACAUGGUGCUGUUCGCGCCCCUGUCGUUCCUCUGCUGGUUCCGGCCCCUGUACAAGGCCUUUCGCGCCGACUCCUCCUUUAACUUCAUGGUGUUCUUCUUCGUCUUCUUCGUACAACUGAUCAUUUCGGUCAUCUACGCGGUCGGCAUCGGCGCCACGGGUGCGUGCGGCUUCGUGGUCGCCAUCGACGCCUUCACCAAGUCCAUCCCGCUGGGGAUCUUCCUCACGCUCGUGGCGACAGCGCACGCCGUCAACGCCGCUUGGUCCGGCAUCAUGUUGCUGCGUGUGCACCGCCUGUACCGCGGUACCGGCGCGUCGUUCGCCAAGGCGCAGCAGGAGUUCACGGCGGGCGUUCUGCGCAACGAGCACGUGCAGGGAGCUGCGGCCAACGUGGCCGCGGAAGCAGCCCGCACGGCCGUCAACCAGAACCUCGGGAACCGGUACUGAGGAGGCCCCACGCCCGCCCCGGACUAAGGACCGGCAUGCGGGCGGUGAACCUGGGACUCGGGGGCAGCUGUCGAUGCUGAUUGGCCGGUGGCGGCGCAGAGUCGUCCCCCAUCUGCUGUUCUCUUUGAGUUACUGCUGGAUUGGGUGGGACUAACAGUACCGAUUGGCUGGCAAUGGCAGAGGGUCGUUUGCCAUUGGCUGACGAUGCUUCACUGGGCCAGGGGACCGGGCAAUUUGUUUCUGGGAAGUGACUGUUUCAUAGUCGUUCUGGGUGCGAGAGUUCUCGUAUUGGCGGAAAGAUGUGACAUAGGCGGUUCUGUGGGCGUGGCCGCAUAGACGUGUGGGAAGUAUGGGCUCUUUCGGAUUGGUCGGGGCUACUCUGUUGACAGUGGGAUCGGUUCUGGGUCAGUCGUUUGGCAUGCAGUGGUACUUUGGCGAUAGGUUGUGGGAGUGGGUGCUUAACGUUGAUGGUAGUGAUGCAAUUGUCGGGUUUUUCAGGAGACAAUGUUGCAACAUUGUUUUUCAUGAAGUUCCUUGGUGGUCCAUGUCUUUCUUGCGCUGACAGCCUUGUUGCUGCAUUUUUCUUUCCCGUCCGAACUAGUCUCCGCAAGUCGCGGCGGAAAGUGCGGUAGCACAGUGCAAAAAAACUAACAAAAAAAAAAACCGCGUUGCUCUUAAAAGUUUUAGAUCCCAGUCUCCUCUGCUCAUUUCGUCUUGGCCAGUCGUGUCAAAAUCCAUCCUCUUCUGUCCCCUCCUCAGAUUUUCCAACGCCUUGUCAGGUAUUGCAAGAAAUGAUUUAUGAAAUGUUAUCUUGUAGAGGGAGUGCAGUGGGGCAGGCGCUAUUUUUGUAGAGUCUGUCUUAUCCUAGGGGUUGUCCCGCCACAAAGGAAUCACUCUUAUCUUGUCAGUGUGGGAUUAUUGUGCAUCCGUAUUCCAAACAACUAGAUGUCUCCUUUCGUUAAAACAGCUGGCUUCUGGAACAGAGGAUGCACUUUACUUGAAGUUGGGGAAGGUGCACUUUUUCCGAAAAGUCAGUGCUAUGUUUUAGCAGAUUUUUUUUCCUUCUUGACUUGCAUUUUGACUCUUUUUGUUGCUGGUACCUUACUUCGUGGCGUUUGAAGGAUGCCAUCGUUCAGCGACCAUGGAAUGUUUGUUUCGAUGUCUGAACCAGUGUUUGCAUUGACACUGAAUCUGGGUGCACCUGAUGUGGGGGUUUUGAGAGCACAUUUCGACCACUGUAUAAAGCCUGUUUUGAGGAUCUUUUUCGCAGAGUGUGUCAAGGUAGAUUUUUCUGCAAGUUGAGAGAUGAGAAAGAUCAGCUAUCAAUGCCGUUUUAUUUAUAUUUUUUUUUAGAGGGGAGUUUCUUACUGUACUUGUUGCAUAAGAAGAUUUUGCUAUGAUUACUUUUUCCAUGUAGUUAGGAGAGUUCACUAAUGUUGUUUUGCAGUGUUAUUUAUGCAGGCCACUGCACACUUGCGGAGCAGAGGUGUGCGAGGCCAGCAUUGUGACGUUCUGCCUCUUCCUCUGAUGUGUGUGUGUACAUAUAAGCAUCUCGCAAAGGAAGAUCAAACUGGGGAGAAGGGGUCUCUCCGAGUCUUCUCUCUCGUUCUCUGUCUCUCCUGAUAUGCGUGCCUCUUUGAGCGUUACUUCCAAUCAAGCCUGUAACCGUUGGCCCUUCUCUUUGUUUGUGUUGCUCAUAUCAUUUUGUGUCCUAAUAAAGUUUGAAGGCAGUCUAUGAGAAAA